AUGAGCACUGCCAUCUAUACAUACAUUGUUGAUUACUAUGAUACACCAACGCAUUAUACAAAGGGAGCUCUUAACAUAGAAGAGAAUUAUGGCACAUUAUUCUUAAAUUAUUACUCAGAAGUUAAUGUCGAACAACUUGUUUCUAAUCUAAGGAUUGACAUUCAACUAAAAUUACCCGAUUUUGCAGCCAUUAUAUCAGAUUUCUCAAAAAUAAAAGUCACAGUUAAGAAUGGAAUAAUUCUGUCAUUCAUGAAACAAGAUUCAGAAAUGAGUUUCUCAUUCCAAAGCUACUUCAAAGUCAAGGAGAUAUUCCACCUGAUUUCCAAAUAUUUCAUUCUUAAAGCUUCGACAGAAACUCCGACAACUUUUGAAUUCAUCCAAAAGGAUACCAGGCUUAUUAGUUUGAAUCCGUUCAUUAUAACAAACGAUUACAUUAAAGAAGAAUUAAAAGAAAAACUCUCAAUCGCAAGAAAAGGCAAAUCAUUACAACAAGGCCAACCAAAGACUCUUUCUGAGAGUGAGUUUAAGUCUCUAUUUGAUGAAAACAAUACUUUCAAACCGACAACUACAUUUGAAAACGAAUUUUACAAUUGUCAAAUGGAUAAUAAAGUUUCUAGCUUAGUUUUCGAUUAUAUAGUACAUUAUAAUCAGGAGAAAUCUUCGAAUGAGCAAUCAGAAGAACCAAAAGUUGACAAACAAACAGAAUACAUUCGAAUUAAAGAACAAUGGCAAGCAACUCCAAAACUUCAAUGGGAAAAAUAUCCAGAAUUAAGAAGACUCGUCAAUUCCAUCGAAAACGACAUAGUUAAACACUCAAAAUUUUUCAGAGAAUCAGAAUUUCUUAUGCAAGUCAGUUUUAACGUUCUUUUAACGCUUUCCUACUGGAACAGAAACAGAGCUUACUAUAACGAGCUCAUGGUCUACAUUUUACACGGAAUUAUUGAAUUUUAUGUUGAAAAAAUCGAAGGAGAGAAGAUAAUUUUCUAUGAUGGAGCCUCACAUAGUCAAGUUGAAAGCGAAUCCAUCUUUUUCCAUUCAUUUAUUGACUUUUACCUCAAGAAUAAAUUAGAUGAAAUUAUUGCCGACAUAAAAACACCAAGAAUCUUCCAGAUGUUACAGGAUAUCGGCGAUUUCUUUGUUAAGGAACAUUCUGAGGUAUUACAACUCUAUCAACACCUCCAAAGUUUUUCAUUAUUAUUUUUAGUUCCAAACAUCGAGACAUUCUUCAUUAAUUCGUUCAGCAAGGAUGAUAUCAAGAGAUUGAUGAUAUCUUCUUUAUGUAUUCCGAAGUUUUUGGAAAAAUUUUCGGCUGCAUUACUUCUGUACACCGCUGAUGAUCUUUUCGCCGAGAAAAUCAGUUCACAUGACCAAUUUAUUGAAGUUUUUCAGCAAAAACUGUCAAAAGCAAAUGUUGCCGAAAUUCUUUCAAUGGCUCAAAAUCUUAAGAUCUAA